GUAAAAUGGAUGGUUACAGAACCCUUCCAACCCUGUUGUUUCUUGCCCUCUUCCAUAAUUCACAGGGCAAGUUUGUUUGGAGUACGGGAGGAGCAUCUUCGCUUUUUGUGGCCUUAGCUCUGCCUUUGGAUUUGCAGAGAGAAAAAGCGUUUUUGACCUACAAUUUUGAGGUCUCCUAUAGUUUGCCCAAAACCUGGAAAAAGAAGCCGCCAAUCUUGCGUUAUGGUAAUGGCACAGACGAUGAAAGUCUGUUAGGUGAUCACCAUGGCCACCAACAGUUUGAUGAUUUUGUCUACGAUGACUUCUAUGAUGAUGAUGAUCAUCAUCAUUCUGGUCACAAGCAUAAACACCAUCAUAAUAAGAAAAAGAAGAAAAGCAAAUCCAAGCCUGGAGCUGCCGACAAGCCACCAAAAAACAGGCCCAAAAAUAAGCACAAAAAAAAACAUAAGCCAAAGCCAAAACCAAAUCCACCGCCAGAGGAAGAAGACGAGGACUACAAGGAUUUCUUCCAGGGAUUUCCCCUAGAUGUCAUGGGCGAAUCCGUGGGCAGAAGUCGUGAAAAGAGGUCCCUGCUCUCACGUUCCAAGUUCUAUGACAUUAUCAAUCAUCGUUUCGAAAUGCAUGGCUUAGGCUUGGGAGAUCGCUGUUUAUUAAGAUUGAUUUGCGAGGCAAAUAGCUACCAAUUGGCAGAACUCAAUGGAGUGCUGGGCAGCUUAAUUCAUAUAAUGUUCAGUCCCAGUAGCUCUAGAUACGAGGCAUUACCUAAACGCUAUUACAUCGCCGAGUUGGAUGGCCGAAAUGACAACUGCGGGGGCUAUCAGCCGCAAUGUCAGCAUAAUAUUCUCGACUUAAUCACGCAACCCCCGACAAAUAAAGCCAAAAUGUAA